AUGUCGUUAUACAUGCCUGAUUAUAAAUUUGACACUUCAUUAUUUCGCAAUAAUUUCAAUCGAAUUCCGCCUCUUGAUGUUCAUGAAACCGAUAAAUAUUUUGUUGUGAAUGCAGAACUACCGGGCGUCACCAAAGAACAAGUCAAUGUAAACAUUCAUGAUGACACGCUUGUUAUUUCUGGUGAAAACAAAAAAGAUGAAAAAUAUGAUGAAGGAAAUACUCACAUCCAAGAACGUCGUUAUGGAAGUUUCACUCGUUCUAUCUCCCUUCCUCGAAAUGUUAAACCCAAUGAUAUCACUGCUAAAUUUGAAAAUG